UAAGAGACUGCACUAACUGUGAUGUAGGUUAAAGUUUGUUAUUUUUAGUUGGGUGAAGUUUUUCACUCUAGAGAACUUUCUCUAACCCGAUUUCAAAUUUCACAUAUUCUUUCAUCACAAUACAAUUUUUUUUAAAAAUAAUACAAUGCCGGUACCUGGUCUAGUACCCGAUGCACGGCCAGAAUUAUUUGAUAUCCGGGCUAUGCCUGAACAACCAAAAAUUCUUAAGCCUGGUCAGUUAGAGGAAAGUUUAAUCCGUGAAUUUUUUGAAAAGGGAUAUUUGCUGGUGCCUAAAUUCUUCACUGAGGAAGAACUUGAACCUUGUAGAAAAUCUAUAGAAAAACUUGUGGAUGAUCUGGCACAAGCACUCUAUGAUGGUGGAAAAAUCAAAAAUUUGUACAAGGAACAAGGUUUGUUCCAGAGACUUAUUUACUUAGAAAAGGAAUUUCCAGGAGCCAAUAUUAUUCUUCAUAAACAGGGCACAUUAACUGAGGCCUUCCAAAAUGUGUGGUCAAAUGAAAGAUUGUUGAAUGUGGUGGAGCAGCUCGUUGGACCAGAGAUUAUGGGUCACCCUGUCUGGAAUCUCAGAACAAAGACUCCCCAGAAUGAGGCUACAACUGUCCCAUGGCAUCAAGACAGCGCCUAUUUGGACAAUGAAUCGUACGGUGUGCUACAAGCUACAGCUUGGAUUCCUUUAUUGGACGCUACUGAGAAAAAUGGAUGCAUGGAGGUAAUAUCAGGUGGUCACCUGGCCGGCAAAGUGGCAAGACACACCUGUUGCUGGGGAGACACCUGGUAUGUAGAAACAGAUGUAGAGCAUGCUGAGAAAACUCUGAAUGUAGAUUUUGUGAAGGACAAAGUGCUGUGCCCAGUCCCCUAUGGUGGAAUGUUGCUUAUCAAUAAUAUGAUACCCCAUAGAAGCCUCAACAAUUGUUCCGAUGAAAUUCGCUGGAGCCUGGACCUCCGCUGGCAAAAUCCAGAAAAACCUGUAGGCUUCUAUGGAUUAAAGCAGGGCGUCUUGAUGAGGUCGGAAAAAAAUCCUGUGGAGAAAAUUGACUGGGAUUCUUUCAACAGUGUUGACAGACAUAUUCAAGCUGACAUUAACUGCAAGGUUAUUGUUGAGGAGGAUCCUUUUGAUACCACCAUAGUUGGUCCCUGGAUGCAGAAGUGGGAAAUGACUCACACAAAUCGUCACACGGAGAAACUGGCAUCAAGGGGCGAUACUUCCUGGCACAAGGCUUAAAUUUUUUUUCAAGAAAAAUUUCUUUUUUUUUUACAUUCUGUACGUGUGUACACACUAACAUGUUCAUUAUAUAAAGUGCCACUGAACUUUGUUGUUUGAAACUUAAACUUACUGUUGUUAAUGAAUAAAUCGUUUUUUAACAAUUAGUAUGAUGGGGCUUUGAUAACCAAAAUAUAUUGUUUUUGUACAUUUGGAUUGCUGCUUCCUGUUCUACUUGAAAAUUUUCAAAGUAUAAGUUUUAUCAAAACUAUAAUCUGAAAAAAAUAAUUUGAGAUUAUAUGCUGAGAAAGUUUAAUUAAGAAAACGGUUUUUGUUUAAAAUUGUAUAAAAUAUACCCAAGUUGUUCUAAUUUGCCUUCAUUUGUGAGUUUUAAGACAAUAAUUUUUACUGUAUUUAUUUUCAAUGUAAGCUUCAUACAUAUUAUUUUUAAACUACAAACAUGCUAUUAAUAUGUUUACCAAAAAUAUGCAAUAACCAAAUUAUUUUAAUUUUUCUAUAGCUUGGCUAUAUAUGGGUCUACAUGUACUAGGGAUUAAUGUCUAGAAAUAUGCAAUGACCAAAUUAUUUUGAUUUUUCCAUUGCUUUCCUGUAAUUGGCUUUAUCUUUACUAGCGAUUUAUGUCUAUCAGAGUUACUUACUUCUGACACCCCUUUAUUUUUAAAGUUGUGUGAUGAUUUAGUUUUGCGAGUUAUUUUUUUAAAACUCUGUGAAUACUUUUAACUGCCUUUUUAAAAAUCUGUGUUAAUAUACAAACGUCUUCUUUAAAUAUGAAAAUGUGCCAUACAAAUAUUAACCCUCUUUUUGCUUUUUUAUAUACAGAAUGUCAUUUUUAACUAAAUGGUGUUUUUUUUUUUUUUUGGAAUUUUUAUGAUUAAAUAAAUAUUGUGCUGUGGGUUGAUUGGGUCUACAUACCUGGAUUUAACAAACAUCAAUAGCAUUCUCCAGUGACACCCUUUAUCAUAUUUGUAAUACUGUGAAACAGGCACUAUAAAUAUGUGCAGCAAAAAUCUAGUCUGGUCUGUUAGAAGUGUAGUUACACAGCAGCAAUAUGAAUUGUAGCAUUUGCCACUUAGUGCUUUUACUUCAUGUGGUGUGUAAGAUAUAACACAGUUUAACACAAGUUAUUUUUCUUUUUUAAAUAAUUGACUUUUGUAAAGAUAUAACACUGGUUUUUUUUUCUAAAAUAAUUCACAUUUUUUGUACACUACUUAAUCACAUUCAUGGAGGAAGAAGAUUCCUGAUUACAGUAUUUUAAACUGAUCAGUAUAAUGCCCAGGCACAUUAGUACAGAUGGAAAUUUUGGUUUUUAUGUGGCCAGAACUGUUUUAAGUUGUACUAGAGAACUGAAGAUUUCAUCCAUCCAUACUAAUCAGUCAAAUAUAAUGUACAAUCUAUGGUUGAAGGGAAAUAUUUAUUCAAGAAAUUAAUUAAUGCACACAGUUUUUUUUUAAAUAAAGCAAGAUAUUUAAAACUGAAAUUUAAAAAAUGCAUGGUGAAUAUGUACAUGAAUAUACCAAAUUUUGUUUGAUGAUUUAAAAUACUAUGUAUUUAGAAAUCUUGUAUUAAGUGUAACAUUAUCUUUCACAACUUCUUUCCAAAUUCACACUAUAUUUUUUUAACUUUAAUUUCUUUUGAGGCCAAUGUAAAUGAUUUUUGGAAAUAAACUUGUAGACAUG